CCCCAUGCCUGCUGCAUCAUCAUCGUCGUCGUCCUCAUACAUACCUAUGCAUUACAUGUGGAUAGUCUUCCUGUCGUCAUUUACCCACCACCACCACCACCAUCACGACCACCACCAGAUCCAACCCCCAAUGAUGGACCCGUAAUGUCAAUCGAUAUCAACUGGCACACCCUAACAGGCGGCGCGGACGGGUUGGCACGCGCCGAAUCCAUACGCGCCUUCAUCCACGACAAAUUCCAGCAAGUCACGUUGCCCCGUUUCAUCCGCUCGGUCCACGUCCAUUCGUUCGAUUUUGGAAGUGUAUCGCCCGAAAUCGAAAUCAAGGACAUCUGCGAUCCGCUCCCCGAUUUUUACGAGGAUGAUGAGGAUUACCCAGAAGAGCCCGAGGACGGUGUCCGGACGCCCGACGGCCCCAAUCACGAUAAUCCAUCGCGCACGGCAAAAGAGCGCCGCAGAGGGGCGGAAAGAGGCACAGCGCUGAUGGAUGAGACCGAGUCGUCACGUCUAGCACCGCCGUACGUCAGUUCGAGAGCUCCCGGUCUCCGCACUACUCUUACCCCCGCCGAACAGCUGGGGAGCCCGUUUCUUCCCAGAGCCUCGACGCCCGGCAUACCUGGAGGCACGUCCAACAUCAACUACUUCCACCUUCCGCUCGGUGCGGGCCUUUCCGGUACCACUACGCCGCUGGCUGCUGUAGCCGGUGCUCAAAUCCAAGGAUGGCUUGAUCAUAACGGUGGCCGCCCAUCCACUCCUACUGACAUGCGCCUCCGCCAUGCCGCCUCCAUGAACUCCUUGACAUUGACGCCCCAGUCCAAUCCCGACCCCAAUACACGACCACCAUCGCAGCAUCAGCCCGAUGCAGAGAGAAGAGCUUCCCUGGCUGAUUCCCCUGACGGCUCGGCUGACGGUACGCCUUCUGCAUCGCCUCCCCGCAUGCAUGAAAAGAGUCCGGAGGAUCUCCAAGUUGUGACACAUGUCCAAUAUGCUGGCGAUAUCAAGAUGUCGUUGACCGCUGAGAUUCUCCUGGACUACCCUAUGCCCAGUUUCGUGGGUAUCCCAUUGAAGCUCAACAUCACCGGCAUCACCUUCGACGGAGUCGCCAUCCUGGCCCACAUCAAACGACGAGCUCACUUCUGCUUUCUCUCUCCCGAUGACGCGGACGCACUAGUUGGCGGCGAGUCCAAUCUUGACCCCAUUCAGACGGACCCGCAAAAGCCAGAGCCACGCAUCAGAAUCGGUGGGCUCCUAGAGCAUAUCAAGGUCGAGAGCGAGAUUGGGGAUCAGGGCAACGGGAAGCAAGUCUUGAAGAAUGUAGGCAAAGUGGAAUCUUUUGUCCUGGAACAAGUUCGGCGCAUCUUUGAAGACGAGUUCGUCUAUCCUAGCUUCUGGACAUUCCUUGUCUAAAUCCGC